AUGGCGAACCGGUGGUGGACCGGCUCUGAGGGUCUCGGCGGGGUCGAUGACUCUGGGAACGCGAACUCUUCAUCCAUGAAGAAACCGGAUCUGGGUUUCUCCAUGAACAACACUUUGGUGAAUGAAGAAGAGGAGAAAGAAAACAGUGAUGAUCCCAAAGAGGGAGCUAUUGAACUCUCCACCACGCGCCGCCCAAGGGGCCGUCCAUCGGGCUCGAAGAACAAGCCUAAACCACCGAUAUUUGUGACCAGGGACAGCCCUAAUGCACUCCGAAGCCAUGUCAUGGAGAUAGCAAACGGAGCUGACAUCGCCGAUUGCGUGGUUCAGUUCUCCAGAAGGCGCCAAAGAGGUGUUUGCGUUUUAAGCGGCAGCGGCACCGUCGUCAACGUCACUCUACGGCAGCCGACGGUGCCCGGCGCUGUGAUGGCACUUCCUGGCCGGUUCGAUAUCCUGUCGUUAACCGGUUCAUUCCUGCCUGGACCGUCCCCACAGGGCGCCAGCGGUUUAACCAUUUACCUAGCCCGAGGUCAAGGACAGGUUGUCGGCGGCGGGGUGGUGGGUCCGCUGAUGGCGGCUGGACCGGUUAUGAUAAUGGCGGCUACGUUUUCUAAUGCAACCUAUGAGAGAUUACCGGUGGCGGAUGAUGAUCAAGAAGGUCAGGGACAAGAUGGUGUUUGCUCGCCGCCGGGGAUGGGUGGCAGUGGCGGAGGAGUUUCCAUCGGAGAAGCCUCAUCAUCGAUUCCGAUGUAUAUUAAUAAUAUGGCUCCGAAUUUGGCUCUUCAAAAUGGGCAACAGCUGAAGCAUGAAGCUUAUUCUUCUUGGGGCAGGCCUCCCUACUAA